AUACACACGAGCAAAGAAAAGAAAAAGAAUAAAGAAAGAGAGUGGGGAAUCUUAUCCGGAGAAGGUAGAGUCAUCUUAUCCUCUUCUCCUUCUCCUUCUCUUAUUCCAAAAAAAAGAAAAGAAAUGUCGAUUCAUCUCGGCUGUCACUGAAAAUCAUUAUCUCUCUCUCUUUUUUUUAGGAUUUUUUAAAAUCUAAUUGAAAUGAUGGCGGCAUCGUUUGCCACUCUCCCUACAGUGAGUUUGGUCAAUACCUCGAGAAGGAGAAUCGAUUCUUACAGCUCCAAAAAACGCGUCGGAGUUGUUCGUUGUUGCUCCGGCGGCGACAUUCCCGAAUAUAAGCAGGUGCAGAGAGGAGGAGGAGGAGGAGGGACAUUGAAAGAAUGUGCGAUUACAUUAGCUUUAUCGUUGGGUUUGAUAGCUGGAGGAGGAGCACCUUCGAUUGCUUACGCGGCGAACCCAGCGAUUCCACAAGUCUCAGUGUUGAUCUCUGGCCCUCCCAUCAAAGACCCAGGAGCUUUGUUGAGAUACGCAUUGCCCAUCGACAACAAAGCCAUCAGAGAAGUGCAGAAGCCUCUCGAGGACAUCACUGACAGCCUCAAGAUCGCUGGCGUUAAGGCUCUCGAUUCUGUUGAACGUAAUGUUAGGCAAGCAAGUAGAUCACUCCAGCAAGGGAAAAGCAUGAUUGUUGCCGGUUUUGCUGAGUCGAAGAAGGAUCAUGGUCACGAACUGAUUGGGAAAUUGGAAGCUGGUAUGCAAGACAUGCUACAGAUUGUGGAAGAUCGCAAAAGAGAUGCGGUUGCUCCUAAACAGAAAGAGAUUCUCCAAUAUGUUGGCGGAAUUGAAGAGGACAUGGUUGAUGGCUUCCCUUAUGAUGUCCCUGAGGAGUACCGCAACAUGCCUCUUCUCAAGGGAAGAGCCACUGUCGACAUGAAGGUCAAGAUCAAGGACAACCCCAACCUCGAGGAUUGUGUUUUCCGCAUUGUCCUCGAUGGCUACAACGCCCCUGUCACCGCCGGCAACUUUGUGGACUUGGUGGAGCGCCAUUUCUACGAUGGCAUGGAGAUCCAGAGAUCUGAUGGGUUUGUGGUACAAACGGGAGAUCCAGAGGGUCCUGCGGAAGGAUUUAUAGAUCCAAGCACAGAGAAAGUGAGGACUGUUCCUCUUGAGAUUAUGGUGGAAGGGAAGAAGACUCCCUUUUACGGCUCAACCCUUGAAGAAUUGGGUCUGUACAAGGCUCAGGUGAUGCUUCCAUUCAACGCAUUUGGGACUAUGGCAAUGGCUAGAGAAGAGUUUGAGAAUGACUCGGGAUCGAGCCAAGUGUUUUGGCUGCUGAAAGAGAGUGAGCUGACGCCAAGCAAUUCCAACAUCUUGGACGGUCGUUACGCUGUCUUCGGUUACGUUACUCAGAAUGAAGACUUUCUUGCUGAUCUUAAAGUCGGUGAUGUCAUUGAGUCCAUCCAAGUUGUCUCCGGUUUAGACAACCUCGUCAACCCCAGUUACAAAAUCGCCGGAUAGUUCUUUACAACUUCAUCGUUUCCCUUUUUAUCUGUUCAAGUUUUUAUCUUUGUGAGAGAAAAAUUAUAAAGGUUACUAUUGUUUACUUAUCAACAAUUGUAACUUACUUGUCUAUUCUUUUUUUUUUUAAGCUUUGAAUUAUUGUAUGAGUUGAUGAUAUGUAUGACUAUAUUUCAAACAAAGGAAGAGCAACAGUUUACGUGUGUA